AUGGCCAAAAGUUUUUCUCAUUCAUCAUCAUCAUCAUCAUCAUCAUCAUCAUCAUCAUCAUCAUCAUCAUCAUCAUCAUCAUCAUCAUCAUCAUCAUCAUCAUCAUCAUCAUCAUCAUCAUCAUCAUCAUCAUCAUCAUCAUCAUCAUCAUCAUCAUCAUCAUCAUCAUCAUCAUCAUCAUCAUCAUCAUCAUCAUCAUCAUCAUCAUCAUCAUCAUCAUCAUCAUCAUCAUCAUCAUCAUCAUCAUCAUCAUCAUCAUCAUCAUCAUCAUCAUCAUCAUCAUCAUCAUCAUCAUCAUCAUCAUCAUCAUCAUCAUCAUCAUCAUCAUCAUCAUCAUCAUCAUCAUCAUCAUCAUCAUCAUCAUCAUCAUCAUCAUCAUCAUCAUCAUCAUCAUCAUCAUCAUCAUCAUCAUCAUCAUCAUCAUCAUCAUCAUCAUCAUCAUCAUCAUCAUCAUCAUCAUCAUCAUCAUCAUCAUCAUCAUCAUCAUCAUCAUCAUCAUCAUCAUCAUCAUCAUCAUCAUCAUCAUCAUCAUCAUCAUCAUCAUCAUCAUCAUCAUCAUCAUCAUCAUCAUCAUCAUCAUCAUCAUCAUCAUCAUCAUCAUCAUCAUCAUCAUCAUCAUCAUCAUCAUCAUCAUCAUCAUCAUCAUCAUCAUCAUCAUCAUCAUCAUCAUCAUCAUCAUCAUCAUCAUCAUCAUCAUCAUCAUCAUCAUCAUCAUCAUCAUCAUCAUCAUCAUCAUCAUCAUCAUCAUCAUCAUCAUCAUCAUCAUCAUCAUCAUCAUCAUCAUCAUCAUCAUCAUCAUCAUCAUCAUCAUCAUCAUCAUCAUCAUCAUCAUCAUCAUCAUCAUCAUCAUCAUCAUCAUCAUCAUCAUCAUCAUCAUCAUCAUCAUCAUCAUCAUCAUCAUCAUCAUCAUCAUCAUCAUCAUCAUCAUCAUCAUCAUCAUCAUCAUCAUCAUCAUCAUCAUCAUCAUCAUCAUCAUCAUCAUCAUCAUCAUCAUCAUCAUCAUCAUCAUCAUCAUCAUCAUCAUCAUCAUCAUCA